AUCUAUCUUUGGUUGGGCUGUCCACAUGGUUGUAACGAAGGAAUUCGUAGUGCACAAGGGGAUUUCCUACGAGUGAAGGCGCGGACAAUCUUCGCAACAAUGCAACGGAUGGAUCCAGACGGCUUCGGGCAAAUGGUUGUUAGCCAUAUUCAAGAGGGAAACACGCAGACAUUGAUCGAUAUGAUGCAUGCGAUAACUGGAUUUUGUCGGGCCGAUUUAGCUGCUGGUUCAGCUCGCCCCAGAAGCAAUUCUUCGCCUCGUCGAAGAACGUCUACUUCGGAUUGUAAGAUACCGACAUAUCGGAAUCAUUUCAACGAGAAACUCAAAGGCAUCGAAGGUGCAAUCGUGAAUGCGAUUCUGAAACCUGUCGUAUCGAAACUUAUGAACACAAUGAAUGAGCUGCUGCAACCUGAGAACAUGAGUCUCUAUCAGGACGUGAGACUUUUCGUAUCGUUCAUCCAGGAGCAACAUGGAAAUCCAUUUCGUAGAGUUGCGCUGAGCGCUCUUAUCGAUGGACGUGCUUCGUUCACACAGCCAACGUUGCAAUCAACCAGUGUUGAUAUGUAA